AUGUCGUACUCAUCGGACGACGAAAACCGCCCAGGGGAGUGCGACUGGUGCCACGACGACCGAGGUAUCUGCGACAGGUUCAUUGUGCUGGACGAAGAUCGGCGCUUCAGCAUUAAGCUCGAGGAGACCUUCGAUGUUCAUACGCUUAUCCCAUGCUUUGCAAGACGCUAUGUCUUGGAGAGGAUGGGUUUUGAAGACCAUGAAAGUUUCGAAACCAAAACAAUUAUCCUAAGUACCCAUCAUGGUGUGGAUUUUCAAGUAAAGCUGUACAAUGCUCAGAGUGUAACCCAUUUUGGUUGCAAAAAUUGGGAAGCACUUUGCAAGAUGUAUGGUUUUGAUGAGGGUAUGCUUGUUACCAUGUAUCUUGGUGAUCCUACAAUCGAGCAAGAGAGACCUACAAUUUUCGUCCUUGUGGAUACACCUCCAAUUCUUCCCCCAUCUUAUUUUCAUUCUUCAAAGAAUGUGCGGAAGAUGGUAGACAGAACCUACUACACCGAAGGCUCCGAACUAACUUAUCUGGAGAAAAAUCAUCUGGUCGGAUUUUGUACUGAUCUUGAGAAUUACAAUGUCUACAAUCGAACUCCUCAACAUUAUGGUCAAUACGUGCCACUAGUGCACGUGUUGAACUACGGUAACUACCAUGGAGAUACCCUGAUAAUCCCAAAUGAUUGUGUGCCUCAUCUGAUGUAUACACGGGGUAGCCUUCAUGUUUUGAACAUACACCCAGGUCGUCCUACGAAUCUCAACUGUCCAUACCGGGUUUCUAAAAGAAGUGGAGACAUGAUAAUCAAAGAAUGGAAAAAAUGUAUGGAUAGUCGUAAGGAGCUUCUUGGAAGCAACAUUCAGCGAAGGGCAAAAAUUGGAGACAGGAUGAUCGCCAUUCUUCAUAAUGGAGAGUCAGGGUCUAUAUUGUUUUAUGCUAUUUUACCUUAA